CCCACUUUCCAGUCUCCCGCCGCCGCCGCCGCCGCCCGCCGCGGACUUCAGCGAUCCCCCGGAGCUCUCGACGAUGGCGACGGCGGCCACGGCGUCCGCUACGGCAGCCACCCGCUUCACGCGGCUGGCGGGAGUCGGGCUACGGAACGCCCGCCUCCCCACCGCGGUCCGUUUCCAGCGCCGGGUGCUCACCACCACCGCGCUCCUCAGGACCGCCGAGCUCCGGCCCAAGGAGCAGGGCCUGCCAGAGACGCUCGACUACCGCGUGUUCCUCGUCGACGGCGGGGGGCGCAAGGUGUCGCCGUGGCACGACGUGCCGCUGCGCGCCGGCGACGGGGUGUUCCACUUCGUCGUGGAGAUUCCCAAGGAGAGCAGCGCCAAGAUGGAGGUCGCCACCGACGAGUCCUUCACGCCCAUCAAGCAGGACACGAAGAAGGGCAACCUCCGAUACUACCCGUACAACAUUAAUUGGAAUUAUGGAUUAUUUCCCCAAACAUGGGAGGACCCAACUUUUGCAAACACCGAUGUUGAAGGAGCACUUGGGGAUAAUGAUCCUGUUGAUGUUGUUGAGAUUGGUGAAAGACGUGCUAACAUUGGAGAUGUUCUUAAGGUGAAACCCUUGGCAGCUUUAGCAAUGAUUGACGAGGGGGAGCUUGAUUGGAAAAUUGUGGCCAUUUCUUUGGAUGAUCCUAAAGCAUCUCUUGUGAAUGAUGUGGAUGAUGUUGAGAAGCAUUUCCCGGGUACAUUGACUGCCAUCAGAGAUUGGUUCAGAGACUACAAGAUACCGGACGGUAAGCCUGCAAACAGAUUCGGUCUAGGCAACAAACCGACAAGCAAGGAAUAUGCUCUGAAGGUCAUACAAGAAACCAACGAAUCAUGGGAGAAAUUGGUGAAGAGGAAUAUCCCUGCCGGAGAGCUCUCACUAGCCUAAUCUUCUGUCCAUGAGAAUCCAUCAGAUUCAUUUGGUCAUGUACCAAAAGCUUGUUUUAUAAGCUAUAAACAUGCUACUUCAUCUUCUGAA